AUAUGGCGUUUGGCAGACACAGUGACAGCACUGACUGCACAGUCUGUUGAGGUCUGUGAGCGCCAAUGCAGUGACUGAUGGCUGACACUCGCUGAUCACUGGCCACACCAUGUGCUCCACUUCACCACUUCAGCACGUGUUUGGGAUGACCAAUGACUCACUCGUUAUCUCAUUAUUACCACUCAAAGAGAGACUACAAUGAAAGAGAUGGUCGGCGGGUGUUGUGUCUGCUCUGAUGAACGCGGUUUCUAUGAGAACCCUCUGGUCUACUGCGAUGGACAGGGAUGUAAUGUGGCUGUCCAUCAGGCGUGUUAUGGCAUAGUGUCUGUGCCAACUGGUCCGUGGUAUUGUCGCAAAUGCGAGUCACAGGAAAGACCGGCCCGAGUGAAGUGUGAGUUGUGUCCGUCCAAAGACGGGGCACUAAAAAGGACUGAUUCCGGCCAUUGGGCUCAUGUGGUGUGCGCUCUAUAUAUACCUGAAGUGAGGUUUGGAAACAACAAUACAAUGGAACCAAUUAUCCUUCAAUUGGUUCCGCCCGAGAGAUACAGCAGAACCUGUUCUCUCUGUGAAGAACACGGAAAGGACUUGAGGGCCAAGACGGGCGCCUGUAUGCAGUGCAACAAACCUGGAUGUAAAUACUACUUCCACGUGACCUGCGCACAGGCGGCCGGACUGUUGUGUGAAGAGGCGGGCAAUAACAUGGAUAAUAAAAAGGAGGGCAAUAUUAAGCCGAUCCCCGCCUUUAAGCCCAUUCCCAACGAUAACACCACUCCUGAGUCGAGCCCCGAGAAGCUCUCUCCACAAAGACCUCUACAGACGUCUCAAAACCUAACGAUUAAUGAAAUAAAACUUCCGAAGAAAAAGACCGUCAAAACGGGAAGUAUUUCGUCAAAUGCUUCGAUGGCUUCGCCCUCUUCUAUGCACUCGAACUCAAACCACGGAUUAAUACAAUCGUAUAAAUUGGACGCAAAGAUCAAGAGUGACAUCACGAGUGAAGACGUGAUAAGUUCGAGUAAAAUAAGUCAUUCGCCACCGAAUGCCGACUCCACGGUUGACAUCACUGUCAAGAAGAAGAAAAAAUCCAUUUCUUCAUCGUCUCCUCCAACUGCUCCUCCUGUCAGUCCAUUAAUGGCUUCCAAUAAUUCAGCCAAUUAUGAGAUUAAACCACAAAACCCAUCGCUGUUUGCGUCCAUAUUCUCUUCAUCUUUGAAUUCGGCGAACAGUACGACAAACGCAGAGAAAGUGGUGACAAAUACCAAAACAACUGAUAUGAAUGUCAACUCGAAUGCAAUGAAACGAACCAAAUCUGAUGCAAGUGUUGAGAAGAAGAAGUUGAAGAAAUGCAAUGUUUUGGCUGAACCAAUAAAGACCAAGAGUGCGGCCAAGGAUUACAGCGAUUCUAAACCGUUGAUUGCGAAGAAAGUUCGCCGAAAGAAGAUUGACAUCAAUGCCAGUGAUCUGGCGAACGGUGUUCUGAAUGCCGUUAAACCAGUUUGGGUCAGACCUGCUACUGACCAUAACUAUCACCGUUAUGAUAUGCCGCAGACAUUGGAGCAGCUGUUGGAGCGCCAGUGGGCACAGGGAUCGCAGUUCAUCAUAGAUCAGGCCCAACACUUCGACAUCGCAUCGCUUCUGUCGUGUUUGCAUCAGUUGAGGUCAGAGAACAAUCGCUUGGAGGAGAGGGUCAGGGAAUUGAUCUCAAGAAGGGAUCACUUGAUGUCCGUCAACGCCCGACUCACGGCUCCGGCAAACAAUGUGUUCCCCAUUAACGGCGCUCUCACUUCAUUCAACUCCAAUAAUAUGGCAGUCAGUGGUCAGUCGUCUUCGCCAGUGAGCGCUCACUCAGCCCUCUCUGCGGCGUCUUCUCCUCGCGCGCAGACUAACUCGCCCUCAGAUAUUCACAGCAAAGGCUUCCGAGUGUCGAGUCCGGCACAGAGUACCAGCCCCUCAACCGCUCGCACCCACCCGUUGGCCUCAUUUCAUGCAAACACCGAAUCGAUUGGAUUUACAAACCAUUUGUUCUCAACAAUGUCUCAGAAUUAUUCUCAGAAUUGUGUCACCACUACAUCCAACCCCACCGGCCAGUCCUCCCCAACACCCCAAUCCUAUUAUGGCUUCCCAUCUCAGGCACAGAACUCCAGUUGUAUUCGCAAAGCCAACGGUUCGGAUAAAAGAUAAUAUUUGUACGCUUUUAUACAUAUUUCUACAUUCAUUUGUCAUAUAGUAAUAUAUGUGGAAAACAAUAUCUCAAUUAAUCUCUAUUUCUAUUAUUAGAAUAUUAUAAUUACUAUAACUUAACGCAAGUAGAGAUUCAUUUCGUUAGUCAUUCAAUAGGUUUGCAUUCAUUUGACUGAAGUAAUGCUACCGUAUAAUGAUAUCACAUUAGUAUAUGAAAGUAUAACUUAUUUAUUUUGUAAAUACCAGUGAUUUAUCGUUUUUAAUAUUAAUUUUAAUUAUUUAAUCGACAACUGAAAUUUGAAUUCAGUAUUUAUAAUAUUAAUAAUAAUAUACUGUACUGUAAUAUAAUAUCGUAUCGUAUAUAUCGCCGAUUAUCAUAGAUAUGGGACACAUAAGGUCUCCCUCUCUCUACACCCGAUCCCCUCAUUCAUUGAUAAUCUGUAAAAGAAUUCCUAAUCAUAUGAUGACUUGUCUUAUGUUUUUGUACACAAUUUGUUGUCGAUUUAGAACACAAUUUAUUUGACAUUUUUCACACAAUUUCUUAGAAAUUAUAAUUAUUACAUGUAUUUAUAAAUAUCAUUUAAUUUAUUUGUAUUUUAAUAUCAAAUAAAAGACAUUUGAAUGCCUUUGCAUAACAAACAAACUGUGAUUACUGUACGAAAUGUUUGAAUGCAAGGAAUG